GCUCCCGGCCGGCGGCGGCUGCAGCGACGACGGAGGAAGUUUCCGCUUUGCCUCCACCCCGGUAGCAGCUCCGCGGCCGGGGACAGCUUCCUCCGGGCGCUCCGCGAGCUUUGCUGCCGCCGCACGUCUGUCACAGGGCCAUGGGGUUGCCCAAGGGCCCGGAGGGCCAGGGUCUCCCGGAGGUUGAAACAAGAGAAGAUGAAGAACAAAACGUCAAGCUGACUGAAAUUCUGGAGCUUUUGGUUGCAGCUGGAUAUUUCAGGGCACGAAUUAAAGGUUUGUCACCUUUUGACAAGGUAGUAGGAGGGAUGACUUGGUGCAUUACCACUUGCAGCUUUGACAUAGACGUUGAUUUGCUGUUUCAGGAAAACUCUACAAUAGGACAAAAAAUAGCACUAUCCGAAAAAAUCGUCUCAGUCCUGCCAAGGAUGAAGUGUCCACACCAGCUGGAGCCCCACCAGAUCCAGGGCAUGGAUUUUAUUCACAUAUUUCCUGUUGUCCAGUGGCUGGUGAAGCGAGCUAUAGAAACCAAGGAAGAAAUGGGGGACUACAUCCGCUCCUACUCCAUAUCCCAGUUCCAGAAAACCUACAGUCUCCCCGAGGAUGAUGACUUCACAAAGAGAAAAGAAAAGGCCAUCAAGACAGUUGUUGACCUUUCAGAUGUUUACAAGCCCCGUCGGAAAUACAAACGUCAGCAGGGAGCAGAAGAGCUGCUCGAUGAAGAAUCCCGAGUCCAUGCCACACUUUUGGAAUAUGGCAGGAGAUAUGGAUUUAGCCGCCAGAGCAAAACAGAGAAGGCCGAGGACAAGAAGACGGUCCUUCCCGCAGGGCUCUCGGCUGCAGAAAAAGCUGAUGCCUGUGAGGAAGAUGAGCUUCAAGCUGCUGAAGAGCAGCGUAUCCAGUCAUUGAUGACCAAGAUGACCGCCAUGGCGAAUGAGGAGAGCCGCCUCACUGCCAGCUCCGUAGGCCAGAUUGUGGGACUCUGCUCCGCCGAGAUCAAGCAGAUCGUGUCCGAGUACGCAGAGAAGCAGUCUGAGCUGUCAGCCGAAGAAAGUCCAGAAAAAUUAGGAACCUCUCAACUUCAUCGUCGCAAAGUCAUCUCCUUGAAUAAGCAGAUUCUACAGAAGACCAAACAUCUGGAAGAGCUGCAGGCAAGUCAUACCAGCCUACAAGCCAGAUACGAUGAAACAAAGCAAACUCUGACAGAGCUGAAGCGUCACAGUGAGAAACUGGAUAAAGAGCAGGCAGCCCUGGAGAAGAUAGAAUCCAAAGCAGACCCCAGUCUCCUGCAGAACUUGAGAGCACUUGUAGCCAUGAAUGAAAAUCUGAAAAGUCAGGAACAAGAGUUUAAAGCACAUUGUCGAGAAGAGAUGACACGGCUGCAGCAGGAAAUUGAAAACUUGAAAGCUGAGAGAGUGCCGGGAGGAGAUGAAAAGAGCCUCUCUGCUGGAGAGCCACGUGGUGGCCUAACUCCCGUGAUGACUCAUAGUGAAGACCUGGACAGACGAUAUAACAUGGAGAAAGAGAAACUUUACAAGAUCCGUUUGCUACAGGCUCGAAGAAAUCGAGAAAUAGCGAUUUUGCACCGCAAGAUUGACGAAGUCCCCAGCCGAGCUGAGUUAAUACAGUAUCAGAAGAGAUUCAUUGAACUCUACCGUCAGAUUUCAGCAGUGCACAAAGAAACCAAGCAGUUCUUCACUUUGUAUAAUACCCUGGAUGAUAAAAAGGUGUAUUUGGAAAAAGAGAUCAGCCUACUGAACUCAAUUCAUGAGAACUUCUCACAAGCUAUGGCCUCCCCUACUGCCCGGGACCAGUUUUUACGUCAGAUGGAACAGAUCGUAGAAGGGAUUAAGCAGAGCAGAAUGAAGAUGGAGAAGAAGAAGCAAGAGAACAAGAUGCGAAGAGACCAGUUGAACGACCAGUACUUGGAACUGUUAGAAAAGCAGAGGCUGUACUUUAAGACUGUGAAGGAGUUCAAGGAGGAGGGCCGCAAGAAUGAGGUGCUGCUGUCCAAAAUGAGAGCCAAGGCCUCUUGAAGAUUCCCAGACGUCACCAUAUGUCAUCGAUUUUUUUUAACGCCAUUUAUCAACUGCAAGAUGGUGAAGAUAGUUCUGAACACUACAGUAGAGAGAUGCAGGGGCCAUGAUCGCAGCACCAGGAUAUUUUCUUUCUCCCAUUUGCUUCCAUUUCAUCUCUCUGUUGUUGACGGAACCAGACGGUGCAGACGCGGUGGCUUGGAGAACACCCGUCAUCCUAUGAAGAAAUGCGGGCAGUAUCUGUUCUGUGUCGGGUCAGCUUGAAUUUCUCCAGUAACAUUGCACAUAUGAAGGUACCUGUAUCUGUGUGGACUCUGAAUAAAAAGGAAUUCACUUGUUCAGCAGAUGUUAAUUGAGCAACCAUUGAGAAGUAGGCACUGAGGGAGACAGAAGUAUAAAAUCCAGGCCCUGUGCCUUGGGCAGCCAGCAAGUGGCCCAGGGAGCAGAAACAGCCCAUUUGACCCAGAGCUCAGUCACCUGAGGUUUUUUGGUUUGUUUUUUUUUUUUUUUUUUUUUAGUAAGCAAAGACUUAGCUGAAUGACCAGCCCACGUGAAUAUGGUCAUAUGGGCCCUUUGCUUACCCUUGGUGCCUUUUGUUACUGGCUCCUCGAGGUGUCAGCCAGCAGUCUUAAUUGUGUAGCCGCAAGAAUGAAAGCUCAGUGGCUGAAUUCUUACACAUGACUCGAGUUUAUUUCACCAAAAAUUGAAAACAGGGGCCUCAUAUUGAGGACCCCGUAAACAAGAAGGACACCUUAAUAUGCCCUGUUUCUCACGUGAGUCCCAGCCAGACAUGGUGCCCCCCUCUUCAUUAGGCACACAUGCCAGGAGCUCCAUAUCUGGACAGGUCCUGGGCCAAGCAAAGAGAUGAGACACACACCAUCCACUAGGCUCCAGGGAUUGCGUGAUAAAUGCUGUGAGCAGAAAGCAGAGGGCAUUGGAGGAGGAAGAACAGUGAGGCACACAGAGAUCCAGGAGACUUCAUAGGGGAGGCAGUACUGGGACUAGAGCAGAACGGGGAGUUGCAUUUUAACAGGCGGAGAUAGGUGGGAAGGCCACUUUGGAUAAAUAUGACUGUAAUUAGAAAUUUGAAAGGGUGCAGGGAGAGUACAAGCGUGCUUGUUGGGCAAGGAGUGGAGGGGCCUGUCUCUGCAGGAAAGGCCGGCUGGGACCAGCCUUCAGGACCAGGGGAGGCGGGGGCUUGAAGGCAGGCAGAGUAGUAGACUCUGUCCUCCAGAAAUGAGCAGUCAGGACCAGAUGGGGAGCCCCUCCUUUCGUGGCUGUCAGGGAUCCGGCAGCCCAGCUGUGUCCAGUGAACCCUGGCACGAGGUGGGCAUUUCAUUCUGCAUGCUUGCACACAUGCUAGUCAGCAGGCUCAAACGUGACGCGUAGAAACUUAUACAGGGAGGCAGCUGGGGUGUUCAGUGCAGUCACAGGAACAGCACAUCCAUUCUUAGUUCUCUGAGAUGUGUAGUAAGCAAAUCUGAUGUGCACAGGCCUUUAAAAAUCCCUUGCUGGAUUAGCAGUAGGCACUGGUUUCUGUGGUCAGGCAGCAAGGCCUGUCCGGCUCCCAGAGCUGUGGAAGUAGCAGGUCCCGAGGUGAUGCUCCCCUGUGCCAAGUGUGCCCUUCCUGGGCCCUGUACGUCUCCCCUCAGUGGCUCCCACAGGGCUGCUGUCAGCUGCAUGUUGAUUUUUGAAACGGCCCCAUGAAGUUGAAGCCAGUGACAGCCAGAAACCAGGUGGCCCUCUGAGGGCUGGGGAGGGGGCAGCUGUUUGCCAAUUAUUUCAGGUUUGGGGAAACAUCUGUGUUUUCGUGUUGAGAAGCUCAUGGACCUACUCCCUAGCCUUUUGAGCCGUUAUGAAAUUGUCUAUUUGUCCAGAGGUGGUAGGGAGGAGAGUGGGUUAUAUUCUGGGGUUCAGUAGCCCACCUCUGCUAUCAGGGCAAAUAUGGCAUGACGAAUCCAAAGCUACUAAUUAAUAACCAUUUAGGGGCAUUUAUUGGGCUGUGUUUCUAAAGAAUUUCAUUUUGAUUUGGUUUUGCUCUAGGGAGGUAUCAGAUUUCCUUUCCCCUUUUAACCCACAAGGCCUAAUACAGACAAGUUCGUUCCCAUUCCUUGGACACAUCUUGAUUAGACUGCAGGAGCCAGAUUAGAAAAGUCUGUGUUUGCUUCAGAGUGGAUGGUGUCUUUGUGAGGAAUUAGGACCAUAAGCAUGCCUUACAGUCAGGCCUUAGAGGCCAGUGUGAUGCCCUAAGGCCCUUUGACUUCAGAAGCCCCUCAGGAGAGUUCCUUCCGGGACAUCUCAUGGGCCCAGAGUAUGACUGGGUAUUGGGCUAAGCCCACAGACUUCUCUGGAGUUUAAAAAGGGGCGGGGGGUGCAGCAGGAAACAUGCUUAAGUUACUUAUAUGAAAUGUGUGCUUCCCCAGGAAGCAUUCUGUUGCUCCUGUUCAGUCAGAGCCAUAAGCUUGCUGUCCGGGUACCCUGGCAUUCUUCGCCAGCCUCAGGUGGAACGCCGUCCUCCCUGACACACAGACAUCUCGUGGAGUACAUGGGCUGCCUUGGUAUAAACCGAAGUCAGAGCUGCUGAGCAGUACAAACCAGAGGGCCACGAGGUAUAUGGGGAGACAUUGAGACAUGUUCCUUAAUGUCCUCUGCCUGGGUUCGGUCUCAUGGGUCCCUGGGGUCAGCUCAUUGCGCUAGAGGGAGGUGUCAAAUGUUUGAGAAUGCUGCCAAAGUGACAUGUCGGGGUCUGUUUCCUUUUUGAACAGAGCAAAUUCCAGGUUUGUCAGGCCUAAGUUCUUGUUAGAGUCUCGAGUGUAUGGUUCUCACUGGGUUCUGGUCCGUUGCCCAUAUUCUGUGGGUAGCCAGGGCCUGCCAGUGUCUGCUAAAGCAGGACCAGAAGGCCGAGGGGCUGGGACAGAUAGCAGGCCUUUCUCAGGCUGAGGAAUCACUCCUUGACAAACAGCGUAGCUCUUGGGACCCUCUGAAACCAGGAGCAGAGGACAGGGAUGGCCCCAGGCAGCCCUCAACUACCUCACCAAGCGCCAUCCCCAUGACCUCAGGCUGACUGUCGCUGGCCCUGAUCACGUCUGUAGUGACCAGAGCAGGCCUGCCAGCAGAGGUUUGGACUGCAAGCAGUGCAGUCCUUGAUUCCUGCGCCCCAGGCGUGGCCUGGUCAUGCCCUCUCUGCACGUGACUGAUGAUCAGUGUAGAGGGAAGCAGCCAUUCGAGCAAUAAACUCUAACAGGUACUUUGCCUGAGCCUGAGAGGUGGAGUUGGCUUGAAGCUUGCUUCAGGGAAGAACGUUGAAGAAGCACUUUAUGCUUUCCUUGGGUUUGAUGUCGGCUUCAGGGUACAAGCCCUUACCACACAGCAGUCUGGCGAAGAGCCCCAGCAAGGUGAGGUACUUGCUGGCCAUCUGUGUGGCCACACAAUAGUCAGGUGGGGCACCUUAUAUGAGGCAUCCUCAGAGCCCCCACCCCCCCAACACACGCCUUCUCUCAGUGCUUUUCCCCAAGUCCAGAGCGUUUCUUCCAACAGCACAUGGCGAUGGGCUGAAAAACACUAUGUAAAAAAUCCUGUUGUCAUGGUGCCCACUCUCCUCACGAUAAAUGUGUAGAGGCUUUGAGGGGAUCUAGUAGCUGGCCUAUGGCUCAUGUGACAUUGUGGGGAAUACUUUGGGUUUUCCGCAUCAGCCUUAUACUCAUUCCUCAGACGCGCCAAUCUCAUACCUGCCCGUGGCUGUUGUCCUUGCUGCUGCCUCUGCCUGGACCACCAUCCAUCCAAGGUCACGGGCAAUGGCUUUCCUAAUCUGCUAUAGACCCAUUCAGUGGUGGCCUGCAGCACCGAUCACCUUCUGCACUUUCCCCUGCUGUCUCUCUUGGUGGCACAGGCUACUUACUGUUUGAUCUCUUAGUCCUUUGUGAAGUCUGCUGCGUGCCCACCCCCCAGAGUGGGAGAAAGCAGGAACUUUGCAAUCUCCCAGAGUCUUGCUCAGGCUAAUGGCCAGGAAAUCUUGGCAGAAAAAAAUAGCUUCUCUAAAUUGUGACUUUGUAUCCCUGUAUUAGCAGAGUUUAGAAUGAAACUUGGCAUCUAACUGAUGCUCCGUUUGCAUACAGAUGGGCAGUUUCACUCAGCAGCUUGUGAGGAUCUCCUAGAGUGUCUGUCAGACUCCAGCCUCGAAGAUCGGAACGACAGAGGUGUCAAAAGUCUCAGACCUUUCAAAGCAAUUACCUUUCAUGUGGGUUUUUUCUCCCCAGAUGGGGAAAGAGAAAGGGAACACACCGGGGUCAGGGACUAUUAGGUCAUGAGUCUGUUUGGUUCAAAGUAUGUCAUGAACCUAAUAGUCACUUGACUAGUUGACAUGACUCAGCCACAUGAAACCAGGAAGUGGGGAGCAGCACUGGGAUGCGGUGUUGGUAGAAGUACGAACUGUGCAGACCCAUGGUCGGACAGUAUCUCUGAACAGUGCCCAGACGUCUUGAGCCGGCAAUGCUACUUCUAGGAAUCUUACCCACGUACAGGGAUUUUCGUGCAGCAUUAUUUGUAAUAGCAAAAAGUCGGAAACUACCACCAACAUAGGGCAAGGGAUAAGAAAAUCAUGGCGAAUCCGUGCAACGGGCUCUUAAAUUUAGAAGAACGGAGUCACUCUGUAUGUACUGCCGUGGGAUGAUCCCUAAGGCACAUGGUAAAGUAGGGGACAAGAGGCUCUUGGUAUGCUAGUGUUUGUUUUUGAAAAGGGGAGAGGGGUGGAGAAAAAUGCAUGUCGAUGGGCAUACACACGUGUGUGGUGAAAACAUGCACAUCUGACUAUGGAUCUUCUGGCGUAUGCCUAGACUAUCUCUGGGAGGAUACACAGGAACCUGACGGCUUCAAUUGCCUCUGGGAAGAGGGGUGGGAAUUGCUUUUCACUGUAUACCUUUUGUACCUUUUGAAUUUUAUACCAUGUACAUGUAUUAUCUAUUCAAAAAAUAAAAGUUUUUAAAUCUUAA